CGCGAAGUGUUGGCGACGGUUGAUGAGUGCUCGCGAAACUCGAAGAUCUCUGAUCCACUUCACCUUGCAUGCGAGAUGUGAGCUGAAGAAUAGUGAAUCGUGUUGGAAACAACGACGCAAUAUAGAAACCAAAGUUGGCCCUAAUCAGGCAACUCAAAAUCAAUUAGAAUCUUAUCGACAAUAGCAACCAAAAAUUUGUAGAUACACCACAUAUAUCUAGAUUUCGUCAUCAGCCACAACACAUAGUUAUAUAGAACAUAAUCGGUGCUGGUUACCAAAAUACCAAAAAGUGAAACGCCGCUGCACACACUAUACAACUAUUAUUAGUAAUAAGUUAGGGAGAAUCGCAAAUAGCGAACAAUCUGACACAACAAUGGGCGACAACAAAACAAUGAAAGAUAUGCACGAGCUGGACUCUAACAAUAGGAAAGCAUCGGCGGCUGGCUCUGUGGCGGCGACCUCUUUUCAAAUGGACCUCGAUGACGAGUCCGAACUGAACGAUCCGUUCCAGGCGCUCAUGGAGAAGGCCGGCAAUCAUGGUCGCUACCAAACGCUCUACAACUAUGUGUUUGUCGCCGGCUUGGCCUUCGCCGGCGCCCUGGUAUACAUGAACAUCAUUCUGGCCCUGAAUAUACCAGACCAUUGGUGCACCGUCCCGGGCAGAGAACUCACAAAUUACACGCUAGACGAAUGGAGGCACAUCACGUUGCCCAACCAAAAAGACAAUCGAGGCCUCGAAAAAUUCAGCAGCUGCGAGAUGUACGACAUGAAUUUUACAGGGGUGGACGAUUGGUCCACAUGGAAUGUCAGUCAGCGCACGAAUCAAACAACAGCUUGCCAGAAUGGCUGGAGCUAUGACCGGACCUGGUACGAGAGCAGCAUUCCCACCGACCAGCAUUGGGUGUGCGCCAAGGAUUUGUUCGUAACAAAUGUCUUCGUUGUGGGCCGCGUGACCGAGGUGGUCGGUUCAUUUGUGUUUGGACAAAUGGGCGACAUAUUUGGACGUCGGCCGGUGUACUAUGUGAGCGUUAUCUUCUGCUCUGUGGGGCGCCUCUGGUCAAUUGUGUGCACCAGCUCGUAUACUUGGUUCCUCAUCAUGUCCGGCAUCGUCGGCUUCACCGUAAAUAGUUUGUUUCAAUCGCCGCAAAUUAUUGGCAUGGAAAUCUCACGGGAGCAGGAUCGCAGUCGCAUUGCCUUCUUUCAGAGCUGUGGCUGGUCCGUAGGCACGACUCUAAUGCCGUUACUCUACUGGUGGCUGGGCCACUGGGACUCCUUUAUGUGGCUGACAAGUGUGCCCACAGCGCUGGUUUUAAUUUUCUCCAAAUAUGUCAUUGAAUCGCCGCGCUGGUUGAUUAGCAAGCGGCGCUUCCGCGACGCCAUUGUCCAGUUCAAGAAGAUUGCCAAAUUCAAUGGCCGGACAUUCGAUGUGAGCGAAAAGGAACUGGCGGAAAUCUAUCGACGGGACACACAGGAUGUUACCUACGGCAUUGCCUCGCUAUUUGGCGGCUGGCGCUUGGCCCGCAACACCAUCAUCAUGGGCUUUAGCUGGUGUGUCGUAGCCGUUUCCUAUUUCACAUUGGUGCUCUUCAGUUCGCGUAUGGCGGGCAAUCCGUUUUUGAACUUUCUGUUUCAGAGUAUUGUCGAAAUUCCCGCCUAUAUUGUGGGCAAAUACAUGGGUGACACCUAUGGACGUCGCUUCACCAACUCGGUCUCCUUCCUCAUCUCUUCGGUUACCUGCCUGCCCAUCAUAAUGUAUGCCUCCGAUAAGCAGUACGAGGCGCUAAUGACCUACUUGAGUGCCUUUAUUAAGUUUCUGAAUGCGCUCACCUUCUUCACGGUUAAUUUGCAGUGCCUGGAGAUAUAUCCCACCUGCAUGCGACAGACGGGCAUUGCUCUGGGCACCAUUGUGGCGAACGCCAUUGGCGUGCUGGCACCGUAUCUGGUCUACUUGGGCACUACGGUAGAUAUUCGUGCACCUUAUUAUAUAUUGGGAACCCUCUUUCUGCUCGGCGGUAUUGGGGCGCUCUUCCUGCCCGAGACAUUGCACAAGAAGCUGCCAGACACCAUGGAGGAGGCGGAACAUUUUGGACGCAAUGAUAAAUUCUUCAGUCUGCCAAAAGCGCCUGCAGCUCUACAGGAUGCGGACACGGUGGAUGUCUCAACAGGCAAGAUGGCGCCGGAGCUGGCGAAACUGAAUCAGCAGGCGUAUGCGCCUUGAAGCAGACAAUCGAUUUGGCACCCAUCCACAUCAUCAUCAUUUUUUCGAUGCAAUUGUACAAGAUUUUACAUGUUGUGAUGCUACGUUAAGUAUAAAGAGUACAUACGUAUUCAAGUAUUAUGUACAA